AUGUUUUCUGAUGAGGAGGAUGAAAACUUGGAUGAAUUAAAUGCGGCUAAUAUGGAAGCUUUGUCCAUGAAAUUGGACGAGGAAGAAGCUUUGGAAGCUGAGGAAGCCGAAAAGGAAUUAGUAGAAGAUGACAAAUUUCAACCCCGUGCUGAUAUCUUGCCAACUGAAGAGCAAGAAGAAGAAUUGGCUCAACAACAACCUAACCUAACUGCAAUUAGAACCAGAAUUAUCGAGAUUGUGAAAGUUCUUGAAGACUUCAAAAAUUUGGGAGCAGAAGGAAGAUCAAGAAAUGAAUAUACUGAUAGGCUAUUGAAAGAUAUUUGUGAAUACUUUGGCUAUACUCCAUUUUUGGCUGAAAAAUUGUUUAACCUAUUUUCCCCAGCGGAAGCUUUAGAGUUUUUUGAAGCUAAUGAAAUUGCCAGACCUAUUACUAUAAGAACAAACACUUUGAAAACCAGAAGAAGAGAUCUUGCUCAAGCCUUGGUGAAUAGAGGUGUAAACCUGCAACCAAUUGGUUCAUGGACAAAGGUCGGUCUACAAAUUUUUGAUUCUCAAGUUCCAAUUGGUGCAACACCUGAAUAUCUUGCAGGUAACUAUAUCCUACAAGCUGCAUCUUCAUUUUUACCAGUCAUUGCUCUUGAUCCUCACGAAAACGAACGUAUUUUAGAUAUGGCUGCAGCCCCAGGUGGGAAAACAACAUACAUUUCUGCAAUGAUGAAAAACACUGGUUGUGUUUUUGCUAAUGAUGCUAAUAAGAAUAGAACUAAGUCUUUGAUUGCCAAUAUACAUCGUCUUGGUUGUACCAACACAAUUGUUUGUAAUUAUGAUGCUCGUGAAUUCCCAAAGGUUAUAGGUGGGUUUGAUAGAAUUCUAUUAGAUGCACCAUGUUCUGGUACCGGUGUCAUUGGUAAAGAUCAAUCUGUUAAAGUAUCACGUACAGAAAAGGAUUUUAUCCAAAUUCCACAUUUACAGAAGCAAUUGCUUUUAUCUGCCAUUGAUUCUGUCGAUUGUAACUCUAAGCAUGGUGGUGUUAUUGUCUACUCUACAUGUUCCGUUGCUGUUGAGGAAGAUGAAGCAGUCGUUGAUUAUGCACUAAGAAAAAGACCAAAUGUUAAACUAGUGGACACCGGUUUGGCUAUUGGUAAGGAAGGGUUUACAAGUUUUAGAGGUAAGAAGUUCCAUCCAAGUAUAAAGUUAACGAGAAGAUACUAUCCACAUACCUACAAUGUUGAUGGUUUCUAUGUAGCAAAGUUCCAAAAGAUCGGUCCAUCACCUCACGAUGAUAACCAAGCCAGUGCAAGAGAAAAGGAAAAUGCCGCUAGACAAGAGGCUUUGGAAGAAGGUAUUAUUCACGAAGAUUUCGCAAGCUUCGAUAAUGAAGAAGAUAAGAAAUAUAUCGACAAAUCUAAGAAAAUUAAUCUAUUAAAGAAGGGUGUUAAUCCAAAGGCUUCAAAAAAGAAUAAUAAGGAAUAA